ACUCCUCCAUGUCCAACCCCAGUAACUCCCAUUCAGAUUGUGAAUGCGAAAACCAAUGCUGUAAACCGCUAAACAACCCAGAUCCCAUAAUAUCCUUCCAACAAAACUUGUCGCAAUACAGUUUCCUGCCCUCCAACCCUAGUGGCUCUAAACAUCACGCUCUCGAACAGGAUCGAGCUCGAAGCCGUACUAACCAACAUCGUAGCUUUGUUCCGAAGGAAUCCAAAGUCAAACGCAGGCGUGCAUCUGAAGAGGAGGAGGAACAUGGUUCGAAAGCGUCUCCAUGCUCAGCGCAUGAACUAACUUACCUCGCAAACAAACCUGCUAAGAAACCGAAAGUGAAGCAACCUAAUCGAGGCUACGCACCGCCAGAGCGGUAUUCCCAUUUGCGCCACAUCAAUGAUUGUUUACUCGAGAAUCUGGACAUUGUGUUUUGUGGUAUCAAUCCUGGUCAAAGAUCUGCAGAGACUGGCCACCACUUUGCACAUCCUUCCAAUCACUUUUGGAAAUGCCUUCAUCUGUCAGGUCUGACGCCCCAACGCAUACAUCCCACAGAGGACUACACGUUGCCAGAAAAAUUUUCUUUGGGCCUUGUGAGUCUUACGUUGAAUAAUUAUAAGUUGCUCGGCAUGGUGAACUAUUUCUGACCAUCUAUUUGAUAGACAAACAUGGUGGAUCGUCCAACGGCGGAGGCCAACGAACUCAAGGACACGGAAAUGAACGCCGGCAUACCUAUCUUUUUUCAAAAAAUUGCUCGAUAUCGACCGAAAAUCGUAGCUUAUGUGGGACUACAUACGGGACGCUUGGUGCAUAACUAUGUGCUAAAAAAUGCGCCACUUCAGCGUUUAUCUGGAGUGAUGCCUAAAUGGACCUGGAGCCUUGUCCGGCAGGAUAAUGGUCGCAAGAACUUUGCACCUGGUUUACAAUGUUAUAAAAUCGUGUAUACCGGGCAUGAGCCGAGC